AUGCUUGGAAUUUUCUUGUUCCUCAUUGAGUUAGCUGCGGCUCUGAUCAUCAGACAGCCACUACAAAAGCAGCUAUCCAAGAGAAUCGAAAUGAUACAACGCGGGGAUUACGAAAGUUACCUUGCACGAAUGAAUUCAUUACGAGCGUUGCCUCCAAGUGUUGCUCCAAGUAGGGUGUUAGACUACGGUGAUAUCGAGUAUGUUUCAAACAUUACUAUUGGAACACCACAGCAACAAUUUGUCGUGAUCCCCGACACUGGGUCCGCUGACCUAUGGGUACCCAGUGACGAAUGCAAGUAAGU